AAAAUCUGAAUCUGUUUUGCUCUCACAAGCCCCUCAAGAUGAUUUUAGCUCUAAUACCAAUUUUCAAAAUUUCUGCCAAUGUACCAGCCACUGCCAAUCCGCUGGCGGAAGAGCCUUCAGAGAUUGCGUCGAAUAUCAAUUACCAUGGGCUGUACAGUCCUCAUUUUUCUCCCUUCAAGUUCGAGUCCGAGCAGGCCUACUAUGCCACUACGGACAGCGGUGGCGAUCGCCUCAUUAAGCAAUGGAAUGAGACCUACCUUCACUUUCACAAUGUCAAUCCUAAGCAAGCAUACUACUUGCCAAUGGAAUACCUUCAAGGACGAGCUUUAACUAAUGCUGUGGGGAAUCUGAACAUUCAAGAUGCAUAUGCUGAUGCUUUAAAAAAGUUGGGACAUGAACUCGAGAAUAUAGUUGAACAGGAGAAGGAUGCAGCUCUUGGAAAUGGUGGUCUGGGAAGACUAGCUUCAUGCUUUCUGGAUUCCAUGGCAACUUUAAAUUUGCCUGCAUGGGGUUAUGGCUUGAGAUAUAAAUAUGGGCUUUUCAAGCAGCAUAUUACCAGGGAGGGCCAAGAAGAAAUUGCUGAGGAUUGGCUUGAGGUUCAGCAUGACGUAGUGUUUCCUGUGAGAUUCUUUGGUCGAGUGGAGGUUAAUCCAAAUGGAUCCCAAAAGUGGGUUGGAGGAGAGGUUGUGCAAGCACUUGCUUAUGAUGUGCCAAUUCCAGGAUACAAAACAAAGAACACCAUUAGCCUUCGUCUCUGGGAAGCAAAAGCUUGUGCAGAGGAUUUUAAUCUAUUUGAGUUCAAUGAUGGCCAAUACGAAUCCGCUGCACAGCUUCAUUCUCAAGCUCAACAGCUUGAAGCUUACUCUGCUGUUAUCAUGCAUCCCGGAUUUGUGCUGUUCUAUAUCCUGGAGAUGCUACUGAAAAUGGGAAGCUUUUACGUUGCUGUACAACUAAAUGACACCCAUCCUACUCUUGCAAUUCCAGAGCUUAUGCGACUGCUAAUGGAUGAUGAAGAUCUUGGUUGGGAUGAGGCUUGGGAUGUGACAACAAGGACUAUUGCUUAUACCAAUCACACUGUCCUCCUUGAAGCCCUUGAGAAGUGGUCACAAGCUGUAAUGUGGAAGCUUCUUCCUCGUCACAUGGAAAUCAUAGAAGAAAUUGACAAGAGGUUCAUUGCAAUGAUACGUGCCAGCCAUCCAGACCUUGAGAAUAAGCUUGCCAGCAUGCAAGUCAUGGAUAAUAAUCCUCAAAAGCCAGUUGUGAGGAUGGCAAAUUUAUGUGUGGUAUCUUCACAAACGGUAAAUGGUGUUGCCCAGUUACACAGUGACAUCUUAAAGUCAGAGUUGUUUGCAGAUUAUGUUUCUAUAUGGCCUACCAAGUUCCAAAAUAAGACUAAUGGCAUUACUCCUCGUAGAUGGCUCCGCUUUUGCAAUCCUGAACUCAGUACAAUCAUGAAUCAUUACCAAAUGGUUAAAACUGAUAAAUGGGUCACCAACCUUGACCUACUUACAGGUCUUCGACAAUUAUGUCUCAAAAGUUUAGUUUCUAGAUUUUCUGAUAAUGAAGAGCUCCAGACUGAGUGGGCAUCUGCUAAGAUGGCCAACAAAAGGCGUUUGGCACAGUAUGUACUCCAAGUAACAGGAACACUGGAUGGGGCUAAUGUGGAAAUCAGAGAGGAAAUAGGAGAGGAGAAUUUCUUUCUCUUUGGUGCAAAAGCAGAUGAAGUCCCUGGGUUGCGCAAAGAAAGAGAAAAUGGAUUGUUCAAACCUGAUCGCCGGUUUGAAGAGGCUAAGGCAUACAUAAGAAGUGGAGUCUUUGGAACUUAUGAUUACAAUCCACUGCUUGAGUCUCUGGAGGGGAACUCUGGUUAUGGUCGUGGUGAUUAUUUUCUUGUUGGUCAUGACUUCCCAAGUUACAUGGAUGCUCAAGCAAGGGUAGAUGAAGCUUACAAGUAAGAUAUUGGAGAUUCUAAUUUUAAAUUUUAUUCUGUUUUUACUUUCUUCUUCCCAUCAUACUUUGCUUGCUUGAGAAAUUGGAAGUGAUGCUAUUAGAUUGAGGAGAAGCUCAAAAGUCAACAGUUUCAAUAAUGCCAAGCUCAGUUUGUUUAACUUGUGUUCUAAGUACAGAAGUUAAGAGUGUAUUAAAUAUAUUUUUUCAUC